AUGUACUAGACAAUCUGGCAUCCAUAAACGAUUUACUGGCGACUUUAAACCUGAGAAUCCCCAGAUUACCCUUUCGAACAAUGCAAGUACUGACAAUCAUCUUCUUUCUUCUCAGUAUCACGGGGGUCUGGAAACCACGCGGUUGGCGCGGAAUGAAAGCUGUAUUUUUUUACAUUUACUGUUCCAUUGUUAUAAUUGUCAACUACAUUUUUUUAAUAACCGGGAGUUUGGACCUCGAGUUCAAGAACAUUGAUCUCGAAGCUUUCAUUGACAACUUUUCGUUGAUUCUAUCAACGUUCAUCGCUCAAAAAAAAAUAAACUGCGUGAUCGAAAAUCGUAAAAAACUAAUUCAUAUCACCGAUUCAUUCAAAAAUAGUUCCUUUAAACUUCGAGAUCGUCAAGAAGAGCUCAUUUUUUCGCGAUUCGAAAAACUUGCACGAAAUAUAUUCAUUUACUAUUUUUUGAUAUUUUUUGGGGCACUACUGAUAUAUUCUUCAGAUCAUCUGUCAGUCAUGGAUCCACCCUACACUCUACCGUACAACGGCUGGUUCCCCUACAAUUACACUCGCUCAAAAAAAAUAUACUGGGCGACGUGUGUCCAGCAAAUAUACGCAGUAUACAACUCAGCGACUAUCGAUUUGAUACUAGACCUACUGUUGCCUUGCAUAAUGUGUUACAUGUGUGGAUACAUUCACAUUUUGAAACACAGGUUUGGAGUUAUGACUGAAAAGUUACAAAUAAUGUCAGAAAAUAAUGAAUCACAAGAAGAAAUUGUUUAUGCUGAGCGUAAAAUGAUGGCCGAGUGGGUUGAAUAUCACAUCGAUAUUUUACGCUUAGUUAGAUUUGCCAAUGGAAUAUUUUCACGCGUUAUAUUUAUGCAGUAUACUUCAAGCUCGCUACUUCUAUGUACAAUUGCGUACUUGCUGUCACACACGGACCCGGCAUCAAUGAGUUUUGCGGGAAAUUUGGGAUUUUUCUUUGCGAUGGUAAUUCAAAUAUUGUUGCCGUGUUAUUGCGCAGAUAAAUUAACUUUCGAGUUUUUAGAUAUAUCUACAGGAAUAUAUGACACAAAUUGGCACUACUUGAGCAACAAUAUCCGAAGAUCGGUAGUUGUUAUCAUUCAAAAAACUCACCGCCCUGUUAUGAUAACAAGCGGCUAUUUUGUUAUUUUAUCCCUUGAAUCCUUCAUCAAGGUCAUUAAACUUGCGUACACUAUUUACAAUGUGCUAGAGUAAAUAAUUAAAUAUAAAUAGCUAUUAGUCUUGAGAACUUUAUUCCAAGAAAUCACCACUUAAAAACUGAAAUAUGGAAGAAUAGAUCCGAUGUAAGUUUUUAGUAUAUUUCAUAGAAAUCUCCUGACUAGAAUUUUUUCCUGAUUUGCUUGAAGUACCAUGAGGACCUUCUCAGGUUGAAAUAAGGUUUGCCUUGAUAGGGCAUACCUGAGGAGUUCUUUAUUAGGACCACAUUAGGAUAUCCUUAAUUAAAAAAAAAAGUUAUUCGCCAUCAGGUAAACCUGACGAGUUCCUUAUUAUCAGAACUACAUUGGAAUAGCCUUAUUAUUACAAGAAUCUUAUUUAUUGUAAGGUAAAUCUGACGUGUUCCUUAUCAGGACCAGAUUAGGAUAACCUUAUCAAUGAAAAAGUUAUUCACCAUCGGGCUAUCUUAAUGAUUUCCUUAUCAAGACUACAGGGUACACGGAAAGAUUAAAACCCGAGUGGUUACUGUUCUGUACCCGACUCAGUAC